UCGUUUGCAAAGUGAGGCAAAAGAUUCAAUUCAAUGUGGUGGAAUUUGCGGAAGUUGGGUUCAACGAAGGAAACGGGGUUGCCAGUAAAAUCCCAGGCUGUGGAAGGAAAAUCACCGUGAAAUCAUGUCACAUCAAACUGGCAUUAAAGCAAGUGACUCAUUGGUUAAAUUUUUUGCCACUGCUAAAGAUGGCAAUGUUAGAUGCAUGAAAAUUGCUAUAAAAGAUGAGGAGCUUGUGUUAGAUGAUUAUAAAGAACCCCAAGGGACUUUUGAAGAGGAUUAUGAUAACUGUGUUUCGCCUUUUCUACUGGAAAAUGAGCCAACCUAUGUCUUGUAUAGAAUGGACACAAAGAAUGACCAAGGAUAUCAAUGGCUCUUUAUUGCAUAUUCCCCAGAUUUUUCAAAGGUUAGAGAUAAAAUGAUGUAUGCAGGAACAAGAGCCACAUUAAAAAUGGACUUUGGAAAUGGACAUAUAAGUGAUGAAAUUUUUGCAACACACUCUUCAGAUGCUUCGUUAGCUGGUUAUAAAAAGCACAUUGUAUCUAAGAAUGCUGACGCGCCUCUUACUGAUGCAGAAAUGGAAUUAAAAGAGAUGAAGAAAAACGAGCAUCAUAGGCAACACGGAGUUUCGUCAAAGCAUGUGACCCUACCUGGUAUUAAUUUCCCAAUGGACGAUGAUGCAAUUGAGAAGUUAGAAGAACUUAGAGAUAAUCAAAUAAUGUAUGUUCAACUGAAAAUUGACAUUGAAAAAGAAGAAAUUCUUCUUGCAAAAUCUGAAGCCGAGCUUUCGGUAGAAAGUCUUCCUGCAAACGUACCUACAGACGAAGCAAGAUAUCACUUCUUCUUGUUCAAGCAUACACACGAAGGGGACUACUUGGAAUCGAUCGUUUUCAUCUACUCAAUGCCGGGCUACUCUUGUUCUGUGAAGGAGCGGAUGUUAUAUUCUUCAUGUAAGGCAUCUGUCAUCGCACUUUGUGAACAAUAUCUGAAAAUGGAAAUCCCAAGAAAGGUUGAAAUAUCUGACGGCAGUGAACUGUCAGAAGAGUUCCUUCAAGAUGAACUUCACCCAAAGAAAAUUCUUCACCAACCUAAAUUCGCAAAACCGAAGCCUCCUCCUGGUCGCGGAGCAAAGCGGAUGACAAAAGGAGACAAUAACACAUGAAUUUUACUGAUUCACAAUUCUUGUAAAAACUCAGAUAAUACCAUGAUUUUAUACCUAAUUAAUGUUUUUUCAAUCAGUUAAUAUCAAGUUGACACCACACAUUA